UAGAAAUAUUCUAGUUCGAACAGUAUAUACGAAAACAUGUUACAACUCUUCAAAUUGAAAAAGGUUAUAUUCUCGUUGAUACACAACCCAAUAAUUUUAUUUUUUAAACUAGUACUUAGCAAUUAAGUAUACAAGUUUUCUGUGAAUUGUGUCCGUUUAAUCUGAAAUAAAAAUUACAUAUCUUUAUCUAUUAUUUAAAGUAUAUCUAUAACUUUUUCUUUUUAUCAAAAGAUGGCUUUACAAGAUUUUCCAAGAGGAGGAGAAAAACGUAAAAAUACAACAACUUCAAAACAAUUAUUAUAUAAAAAUACUGAAAGUAAGAAAAAAAGAAAAACCAAGGAUAACAGAAAAUUUAAUAACGCAAGUAGUCAAGAAUCUGACUUGGUCGCUUCUACGAGCUCAAAAGUAAAAAGGAAAGAAAAAUCAAAAAUCUUAAGUAAUGGUGAAAAUGAUAAAACUAAAGAGCAAGUAAAAAUGAAAAAUAAUUCAAAGAAAAAUAUUUCCAAUAAAAAUGACGUUAUGAAAUCGAAUGGAAAAGCACUCCCACGAAAAAGAAAGCCUGAGGAAAAAUGUGAUACACAUAAAAAUAAAAAAUUAAAAAAGAGAAAUCGAAAUCUUAUUGAUAUGAAUAAAACUGACAAUGACGUCAAGAAUGAACAAAAUACAAAAGACGAUAAUAAACGUCAUAAAAAUAAGGAAGAUAAAAGCAAUAAUAAAAAAGAUGUUAAGUUAGGCCAUGAAAAUACACUUAGUUUACCUCAAUGUGGUUUUUACUGGGAUCCAAUGCCAGACUUAAGAUUAACAGCCGAUAUUCAAACAUCUAGUGAUAGCGAGGACGACACAGAGAAACAAAAAACAUCAAAAGUGAAAAAAUUAAAUGCUGCUCAGCGUAGAGAACAAGAACGACAAAAAGAACGUGAAAUAAGAGAACGUGAAGAAGCUUUAGCAAGCAAUCAAAUGCCUAAUUCAGUAGAUCAGUUUGAUAGAUUAGUAUUAGCAAGUCCAGAUAGCUCAUUGGUUUGGUUGCAAUAUAUGGCUUUUCAUUUACAAGCAACAGAACUAGAAAAAGCAAGAGCUGUUGCAAAAAGAGCUAUUAAAAUAAUUAAUUUUAGGGAAGAAAAUGAGAAAUUAAAUGUAUGGAAUGCAUGGUUGAAUUUAGAAUCCAAGUUUGGUACAUCUGAAACUCUCAAUGAUGUUUUCCAAGAAGCUGUAAAAAGCAACGAUGCUUUAAAAAUUUAUACGCACAUGUUAACGGUACACGUUGAAUCAAAACGACAAUUUGAAUUAGAGAAACUAGUUAAUACUUUUAUAGCAAAAUUUAAACAAAAUCCACAAGUGUGGGUGGAAUGUGGCAGUGCAUUACUAAAACUUGGUUUGAAAGAUAAGUCUAGACAAAUAAUGCAAAGAGCGUUACAAUCUUUACCAUCAUCGGAACAUGUCAAUAUUAUGGUACGUUUUGCAAAUCUUGAAAAUCAAUUUGGAGAGAAGGAAAGAUCGCAAACAUUGUUUGAACAAAUUUUAUGCUCGUAUCCCAAACGCGUCGACAUAUGGUCAUCUUAUGUAGAUUCUUUGGUAAAGUCAGGAGAGAUUGAUAUUGGAAGGAAAGUCUUAGAAAGGGCAAUCGUCCAAAAUCUACCACCCAAAAAAAUGAAAACACUUUUUAAGAAAUUUAUUUCCUUCGAAGAAAAACACGGUACCUCAGAAGACGUACAACGUGUACAACGUGUUGCUACAGAAUAUAUAGAAAAUCAAUGUAAUGAACGUAUAAAUUAAUUAUUAUAAGUUUAUACUAUUAUUUGUAUUGUAUAAAAACGUAAGAAUUAAUGAUAAUAUUUUAUAGUGUUAUUCUUAUGUUAUAACUUAAGAAUGUUAUACUGUAAAUACAUUGUAUAGAUAAUUGUAAAAAUAAACUUUUUCACAA